UUACCGCAUGUACAUCAUAAACGAUCAUAUUCUAUUCUGUUUACUAGUAUUCCUUUGUCUGAUGGAUAACUAUUAUUUAAAUACUGGAAAUUGUGUUUAGCUUAAACAUAAUUAACAUUUAAAACAUAAAAUAUCUUUUUUUUUUUUAAAUUUUGUAUUUAUAAUGAUUGUACCCAAUAUUGAAGAUCAAAUUAUCGAUGAAGAUUUUGAUGAUGUAUCUGAAGAAAAGCAUCGCAAUUUACUAGAGAAAAUCACAUCGAAGACUAGUAGAAAAAUACAGCCAAGUUUACGAAAUGAACCUAGUUUAGAAGUAUCUGAAUUUCAUUUUAUCAAUAAACAACAAUCUACCAAUGUGAAAGAUUUAGCUGAUGCUUUAAAGAAAAAAGCACCUCUUAUUAGACAGAAGAUACAAGUAGCUAAAACUACCAAAAAACCUUUACAAAAACCAUUAGAUAAAAUUCAUGCUGACAAGAUUAAAAGAGCUGUAGCUUAUGAAAACUUUAAAAAACACAUAAGUAGGUGGUCAGCUGUUAUAGAAAAAAAUAAAGCUUCUGAUCAGUUAAAAUUUCCAUUAAGAAGUUCUGAAGUUGAAGUAUUUGAUAAUCGUAUGGUUGAUUUUACGAGGAAUUGUUCAGAACCUACAGAAUUACAGAAGACUAUUUCAAAUUUAUUGCAAUCAAGUGAUGUAGUUGCUAAACGUCAGCAAAGUAUAAAAAUGUCGUGGAUAGAAAAAGAAAAAGAAAAAUAUCCGCUGACAUUAAAAGAACUUUUAGAAAAACGUAAAGCUAUGGCUAAGUUUAGAGCUCAAGAAUCUUACAGGCAUGCUAAAGCACAUAGACUAAAUAAAAUAAAAAGUAAAAAAUACCACCGGCUAUUGAGAAAAGAAAAAACUAAGGAACAAAUAAAAGAAUUUGAAAAACUUCAAGAUACUGAUCCUGUAGCAGCUUUAGAAAAACUUAAUGAAAUAGAAAAAACUAGAGCUGAAGAAAGAGCAAGCUUAAGACAUAAAUCUACUGGACAAUGGGCUAGAAAUCAUGUUGUUAGAGCAAAAUAUGAUAAGGAAAGUCGAAUUGCUCUAGCUGAACAACUGAGAAAAAGUAAAGAACUAACUCAAAAAUUGGGACCAUCAUUAAAUGAUAAUGUAGAUACCAGUGAUACAGAUUCUGAUCAAGAUUUUACAAAAACUGAAGAAGUAUUUGAUCCUAAUAAUCCAUGGCUUGCUGAUCGUAAAGAGUUUGCUGAUUUUAUGGAUGGUUAUAAUAAAUUUGUUAAAGAAAAUAAUGAAAAAGACUUAGAUGACAAUAAAGAAAUUCUGCAACAAAAAUAUAAUUUAAGCGAAAGUAAAUGUGAUGAAUCUUCUAAAGAAAAAAAAAAUGCAUGUACAAGUGUUGAAUAUUUAAAGUCAUUAGAUGAUAACAAAUUUAAACAUCAAAACAAAAUAAAAGAAAUUUCAAUUGAAGAAUUAGGCGUUUUAAGUAAUGAAGAAAGUGAUGUGGAAAUAAUAAAAAUAAAAAAUCCUAAGAAAAAAAAUAAAUCAUCAAAUCAUUUUAUUCAAUUGGAAGGCAAUAGAGAUAAUAACUCUUUUAAGAUAGAUAAUAGUAGUUAUAGUGAAACUAUCAAAAAAAAUAAUGGAGAAACUGAAGUAAUUCAAACAGCUACAGGAACAUGGACUAUCUCAAUAGAAAAUAAAAAAUCCAAGAAACAAAAAAAGCAUAAAAAUGUAGAAAGUGUUUUUAAAGAAGUUGAACAAGCUUUAAAAGAACAAAUUGAUAAGAAAUUGAGUAAUGUUAACAAUGACUUAAAUAAAGAUAGAUUUAAAAAUAAAAAAUUACAAGAAAUUUCAUCUGAUGGAAGUCAUAAUAAAAUUAAAAAUGAAGAUUAUUUGAAAAUGCCAAAUAAACGAAUAAAUACCCAUAUAAAUGAACCCUUAAAUGAAAAUAAAUAUGAAACUAAUGUAUCAGAUACAAAUUAUAUUGAAAGGGGCCAAUUUUUACUUUCUAAUAAAAUUGAGAAGCCAUUACAAUUUGAAAGUAAAAACAUUGAUCCAACAGAAUUUCUUCAAGUGAAACCUAUAAAUUUAGAGUCAACAGAGAUGGCUCAAAUUGAAGAGUGCAUAGAUGAUACAGAAAAACAAGAAGAAUUAAUUGCUGAAGCUUUUGCUGAUGAUGAUAUUAUUAAUGAAUUCAAGGAUGAGAAAAAAAAACUUGAAGAAGAGUCAAAACCAAAACUUCCAACAGCACUUCCUGGUUGGGGUAAAUGGACAGGCCCAAAUAUAAAACAAAGAACAUUUAAAAGACGACCUAAUCUUGGUUUCUUUAGAAUACCUGCUAAACCACCUCGUAAAGAUUUUAAUAGAGAAAAGGUCAUUAUUCAUGAAAAUGCUGAUGACUCACUAAAGUCUCACAUGGUUUCAGAAUUACCAUACCCAUUUAAAAAUGUACAAGAAUAUGAAGAAACUAUUAAAGUACCUGUUGGACAAUCAUGGGUUCCUGAAACUGUUUUUCGCAAACUAAUUGAUCCUCCUAUUAUUACAGAAAUGGGUCAAGUUAUAAAUCCUAUUGAUGAAAAUUCUAUUGUUAAACUUAAAAUGAAUAAUUAAUAUAUUUUAAUUAUGUAUUAUUUUAUUAUUAAAAAAUAAUGUGACAUGAUUUAAAAUUAUAUCUUAUAUCCUAAU